UUUGUUUUGUUGGUGUAGUUUCGUUAAAAGAAACAUCGUCUUAAAAAUCUGUAUGUUAAGCUUUCGUGCAGUCGUGGUGUAUUUUAUAUAUAUAACAGGCUAAUGAGUUUCGAGUGUAUUUAACAACAGUAGUGUCGUGUGUAAAGACGAGGGUGAGACACAUUGUGAACUGAGCAAUGAUUUAUUUGUAACACAUUCUGCAUUUAACAUUAUUCAUCAGUCAUGUCAUCCAUAAAAGUUGAAUGUGUUAUUAAAGAACAGAAUGAAGUCGGUGAGAGUCCGGUCUGGGAGGAGAAGGACUCCACUUUGUUAUAUGUUGAUAUUCCCGGUAAAAAGGUCUGCCGGUGGAACUCACUGACCAAUCAAAUAGACAGUAUUGCCACAGAGAAACCUGUAGGCUCUGUGGUUCCGCGACAAGCAGGUGGUUACGUCAUCGCGGAGGGAACACGGUUUGCAUUUGUUGACUGGUUAAAACGCUCAAUUAAACCUGUCUCUAAUGUGGAUGACAGGGAAAAACCAAACACCCGCUUCAAUGAUGGAAAAGUAGAUCCAGCGGGGAGGUUUUUUGCAGGUACCAUGGGUUUGGACAUGAAGCCUGACGUGACGGAUGGUGCUCUAUACACCCUCCUUCCUGACCACUCUGUUGUCCAGCAGUUCGACAAAGUGCACCUCUCCAAUGGUUUGGACUGGUCACUGGACCACCGCGUCUUCUACUACAUCGACAGCCUGGCGUUUAUGGUGCAGGCCUUUGAUUAUGACAUCCAGUCUGGAGGGCUGUCUAACCACAGAAUGGUUUACAAGAUGGAGAAAGAUGAAGGCAUACCAGACGGUAUGUGCAUAGACACAGAGGGAAAGCUGUGGGUUGCCUGCUUCAACGCAGGAAGAGUGCUGCGUAUCGACCCACAAACAGGCACACGGCUGCAGACAGUGAAGCUACCAGCCGAGAAAACCACUUCGUGCUGUUUCGGAGGGAAAGACUACAGUGAUCUCUACGUCACGUCAGCUUACACAGGCAUGGAUGCAGAUUCCCUGGCAAAGCAUCCUGAAGCUGGCUGCACAUUUAAGGUGUCUGGUUUAGGAGUGAAGGGCAUCCCACCAUUCUCAUACGCUGGAUGAACUCCAAGAUUAAAGCGAUUGUUAAUGGAAGUGCCACGAAUGUUUAGCAUUUACGGUACAACAGUGUUCUAAUCAUGCAGUUAUACUCACACGUCAUAUAAUUUUAGAAAAUCUUAGCUCAUUCCAGAUGAUUUUUAUCGUAUUUGACAUUUCUAAUAUUAAUCUAAUCUAAUAUUAGAUGUAAAGAUGCAAUUAAAGGUGGAAUAAUAUAUAUAUUUUAAUUUACUUUAUUUACAUUAACUACACAAAGAGCAUUCUGUGAGUUUGCACACAUUUUUGGAUUUUUUUGGGGUAAUUUAGUGUAACUUGUAAUAUAUAUUAACCUCAAAUGUGAUGUUGGUUUGGCUCUGCUGUUGAAGUGAGUCAGAUAACCAGGAUUUUGAAAAUGUAUGUAAUUAGAAUAUAUUUUUUCUUGUAUUAAGUCAAAUGGAAAACCAUUCACAACCUGUUUUACAUCCAUAAUCUGUAUUUCAGAGUAAAACGAAGAGCAUGACUUAAUUUUGACUUGACUUGACAUGACUUAACUGAGAAUUGAUAGCAUCAUAAAAGGCGUUAUAUACCAGAAUGGUGCUUGGGAGGAAGAGGCUGAAACGAAUGAGGGAUUUGUGUCAUUUCAGACGGGGUGAAUGGGGUCAGUUUCUUGUCGAAGGAUGCUAAGUAAACCUACAGGGUUUGGUGCAAAGGUUGAAUAGAAUGAUUCAUUUUCUGUGUUGGUUCCCUGUAUUUGUGAAACUUGCAUAACUUGAAAUAAUAAGAUAAAAAAUUUUCAAAUUAAAUGAUCUUAUUUCAAAAGUUUAAA